AAAACCGUUAACAUAACCGACGAAUCUUGAGAGAUUAUAUAACUGUAAUUAACAAGAGCCGUCUUACACAUUUCAGUUCACUUAACAUUACUUAAACACUCUCUCUUUAAUUCUUGUUCAAGAAAACCAAGAAAAUGGCAGAGCAAUUUAACCACUGCUACGAUGAUUCAGAAGUAGAAGAAUUCUUUCAGAAGGAAUGUCAGUGUCUCUCUGUUCAAGCCUUUAAUGAUCCAAAUAUUCAUCUUCUCAGACCCAAUUUCGCAUCGUUUUUCGCUCAAUUUUGUGGCUCUUACAUGUACCGUAGUCGGAUAAUUCGUUUCGGAAACAAAUCUCAGUUUGAUGCGUCCAUUCCGUAUAUGGCUAUGAACUACUUGGAUGAAUUCAUUUCGAAACAUGAACUGCCGACUUUAGGAGAUACAGAUGUGGCUUAUCGUAGUCGUGUUCUAGCUGUUGCUUGCCUAUGCAUUGCUUGGAAGAUGAUGACUCGCGGUUUCAAAAACGCAGUUUUAUCGACGAACUUCCCAGAUCUGCGAAUCGAACUGAAAGAUUUGAACCGAGUUGAGAAGAUGGUUCUGAGAACAAUCUAUGCAUUUCGUGUGAAUGCGCUUUGCUUUGUUCAGUAUUUACUGAGUUUAGUAGCAGAACCAGAGAUGAGCUUGACACCAAGUAUCAUUCAACUCAUAAUUCAAUCACAAGCUGAAAUAAAGUUUACGCAGUUCAAGUGUUCAGUCUUAGCAGCAUCGGCUAUUCUAGUCUCUUGCUCAGCUCAAAUUCAUUCAGAAUACAAGGAAAAGUUCACAGGGACCAGAAUCAAUAUGGAUCAAGACAAACUAAACGGUUGUGUGCAAAUGCUGAUUGAGUUUCGGAACAAUAUAUCGGGCCCGAGUGAGAUUGCUCCUCAGAAUACAAGUCCUGAAGGUAAAGAAGAACCAUCGUCUUCUGCAGAAGGAGCUGGAAAGGAGGCUGCGAAGAAGGAAGAAGAAUUAACGCGGAGUUUUGGGUUGAAGUGGCAUACUUAUUAUAAGAAUUUGGACCUGGAAAUGGAGGAAUCUCUAUUACCCUGGGCCUCCGAAGAUGAAGAACCAGAAUUACAAUUUGAUCUUGACGACUUGGAAGACUUGUCCGAAUUUCCUAUAGAUUAGAUACCUUAAUCCGUCGCAUCAUUCCCAACAAUGUGUAAAGAAAAGAUAAACCGGGCAUGAACCUGCAAUUUACACCUACAAUUUUUACCUUA